UCAGAAUUCCUCUUUUCUAAUUACAAACAUUACUAUUAAUAUUUCAAAAUUAAAUGAAAGUGAAGCUUUUACUUUGGUUAAAUAUUGUAUUUUUAUAGGUGGCGGUGACAGACGAAGCGGCGGUGGUGGUGGUGGACGUAGUGGAGGAGGUGGUGGCGGCGGAGGAUAUAGAGAUCGAGAGCCACAACAGAGCAAAAAUGUUCUUUUCUUUUCUGGACUUCCUUUUAAUGCGAAUGAACAAUUCAUUAACGAUGUUUUCACUAUGGAGCAAGGUGACAUUGAAGUUGGACCAAAUGGAGAACCCAAAAUCAAAAUCUACAAAGAAGCAGGCCAUUCAAAAGGUGAAUGUACAAUCAUAUUUCGUGAUGAAACUGUUGCGCAACGCGUUCUGAGCACAUAUAAUGGUCAACCAUUUCCGGGAAGUGAUAGCUGUAUGAACAUAUCUUUUGCAAAAUUCGAUGAAAAAGCAGGUGGAGAAAGAUCCGGCGGUGGUGGUGGAAGAGGUGGAGGUGGACGAAAUGGUGGUGGUGGAUAUGGUGGGCGUGAUGAUAGAGGAGGGGGAGGACGUGGUGGUGGACGAAGAGGUGGAGGAGGCGGAGGUGGACGCGGUGGUGGUGGAGGCCGUGGAGGAGGUGGACGUGGUGGUGGUGGCGGCGGGGGCCGUUUUGGUGGUGGAGGAGGUCGUGGUGGUGAUAAGGGAAGAAAUUUCGAAAUGCGAAAGGGUGAUUGGACAUGCGGUUGCGGAAAUAUCAAUUUUGCUUUUCGCCGUGAAUGCAAUUCGUGUAAAGCACCAAAACAAGAUGGACCUGGCGAAGGAGGACCUGGUGGACCUCCCCCACCAUACAACGGUGGUGGUGGAGAUGCUGGUGGUCCAAUGCGCAUGGGCGGAAGAGGUGGAGGUUUUGGUGGUGGCGGAGCAGAUCGUUCACGUCCAUAUUGA